UGUGUCGUGUGUGAGGUUUUCCUGUGCUACAAGCACUUCGUAGAUGACGACCCAUGUUCAGAGCAUAACAACUAUGCGGGAGUUGUCAAUAGACCCAUGGCCUUACCUUGCGAGAAGUCCACAGAAUCGGUCAACCCCGAUAGACCCAUGGCCACACCUUGCGAGAAGUCCACAGAAUCGGUCAACCCCGAUAGACCCAUGGCCACACCUUGCGAGAAGUCCACAGAAUCGGUCAACCCUGAUAGACCCAUGGCCACACCUUGCGAGAAGUCCACAGAAUCGGUCAACCCCGAUAGACUCAUGGCCACACCUUGCGAGAAGUCCACAGAAUCGGUCAACGCUGAUAGACCCAUGGCCACACCUUGCGAGAAGUCCACAGAAUCGGUCAACCCCGAUAGACCCAUGGCCACACCUUGCGAGAAGUCCACAGAAUCGGUCAACCCCGAUAGACCCAUGGCCACACCUUACGAGAAGUCCACAGAAUCGGUCAACCCUGAUAGACCGAUGGCCACACCUUGCGAGAAGUCCACAGAAUCGGUCCACCCCGAUAGACCCAUGGCCACACCUUGCGAGAAGUCCACAGAAUCGGUCAACCCCGAUAGACCCAUGGCCACACCUUGCGAGAAGUCCACAGAAUCGGUCAACCCGGAAGAUGGCAAGAUCAUAUCAGUAUCAGCUUAUCAAUAUCACACAACCAUGCCAGCUUCUGCACAACCAGCUCAAAACCCAGAAAGGUGUGAGGUAAGUGCUUGUCAACUUCUAUAGUCAUCCACAUCUAUAAUCCAAAUUCCUGAAUAUUAAACUUAGACCUCGGACAAAUAUAUAUAUACUCAAAUAAUCUGAAUAGCUGUUGACAUCCGAAUAUGCCAUGUUGUACUAUUUGGAUACCCAGAGAGUGUCUACCCUUUACUUGCUAUUUAAUUAUGUUAAAUCUAAUGGUGUCUAUUAUUUGUUUGAUAUUCAUUUAUGCCUUUAGGAUUUAUAUUCAUUUUUUAUUCUUAGAUAUUAGGAGAUUUGAUUGAAUUAAAGAAUCAUAACAAAAUAAAAAUAAAGUGUCUUGUGAUAAUGUAUAAUAUUCUAUUUUAAAAGUUUGUGAUCAAAACAUAUUGAUAACAUUAUCAGAGCUCCACAACUUUAAACUAAACAAUUAAAAGAUACUUUUUCAAUAUAGUAUUUACAAAUGUUAUCUGUUAUCUGUGCUAGAAAUGUUAAUGCUCUAUGACAUUUGUGUGUAUUGUAACUCGCAAAAAUGCGAGCUUGGCACCCAAGGAGUUAAACACUGCACCCCCCAAAAAAAACUAAGAUCAUUUUAAACCACCUUAGUCAUAUUGUUCAAAUACUCAUAAUCAGAUUGAAAUUCUAGUUUUCUUUUAUUUUAUUUGUAUUAAGAAUUAAAGCAUGGGGCAGGUUUAAGUUUUCAUUUCCGUUCAAAAGAUUGUUACUAUUGAAAUGUUCGGAUAUGAAAUUUUCUAUAGGACCAUUUUAGUUGUGUACAAAGUAAGUGCAAUGAGCAAGUGAAUGUAUUGCCAAGUUAAAGAAAGUUCCAUCAUUGAAUGAUAUUCAGAGCUUUAUUACAUGCUAAAACUAUAACCACUUUGUAUAAGUUUUUUUCAGUGUGUGAUGUUCAGAGAUUUAAUUUAUUACAUGCCAUAGAUAUUGCCAUUUUUAUUUUAAAAAAUGUCUUCAGACUGUAAUGUUUCUUAGAUGACUAAGAAUAAUGAUUCUUUCAAGUAGUAGUAAGUCUCAUGGCAUGUGAAUCUGUGAUUAUUAUGAA